AUGUCGGUAGCAGAGGUGCCUUCUGGUGUUCUACCUUAUGCUGUGGUGGAUUUACGGUUUAAUAUGUCUGAAAGAAACCAGCACUCGAGCAUCCCUCCUACACUAGGAUUCGUGAAUGAUCAGCUUUAUUUUUAUCCUGUAUACGAAGGACUUUUGACAAUUUGCUCAGCAGUUUUCGGGAAAGCAACUCUCAAUACAGUCUUUGAAGACUCCUGCAAACCACAUGGAUUGGAUGAGUCACUGAUAUUCUCGAAGUUGCUAAAAUGGGCUGACGCUUAUGACGUGAGAGGGCUUCCGCAACUCAUGGCACCAGAAACUUGGGGUUUAAUAGCGAAACAACGCGAAGUCUGUGUUAGAAAUCACAAUGAGCGGUCUGAGAAGUGGAAAGUCCGGUACGUCUCUCACUUCGUAUGGAUGUGUAGCGAUCCACGGUUCGCUACAAUCGCCAACGCUAUGCGUGUAGAACAAUGUGUAUAUCAUCCUAAGACGCAGCAGUUCAUCCAACCAGAGCCACGCGCCCCUGUUGCAAAUUUGCCAUUCAUUGAGUCACCAUCACAAGGUGGUAGUGCAGAUGUUGACAAAGCGGAUAACGGAGUGGAACCAAUUCCGUUGGCUGAGCCAGCACCUGAAGCUGCAAAGGUAGAUGAAGUGCUUGAUUUGUUCACUACAAUACCGCUUUUUUCAAGGCAGUGGACUUCAUUGAUGAUCAUGACGAAGAUUACGAUGCUCAGUUCAUGUGUGAAACGACGGCGUCAAUGGAUUCGCAAGUCAGCUCGUGCCCUUCGUCGGCUUCUACGACCUUCGGUAUGGUGCUUGCUUCAUUUCCUGUUGAAAUCAUUGCCGUUGUUAUUGGAACUGCUGCGUGCAAAUCAGUCCAAAUCUCAAUGUCAAGACACUGAUCUCCGUAAAAUUCCCACCUCUUCCACGGUUACCGCAUCGAAGCCUGAUGAGACUGGUGGACAACGAAAAUCGCGUUUUGAUCAACCGCCUCCUGAGCUCACUGAUCCCACAGGAUAUGUUCCAAAACCUGUUCCUCCUGCAUCUGUUGGAUUUGUGGGCAACGUUCCUCCAUUAGGAGCUUCAGUCAUGGAUACGGACCUUCGCUCAGCUCCGCCUGCAACGUUAGCAUUUUCAAUCAAAAAAGCCGUGACUACUCCAACGUUGAAUCCUCCAGCACCACUGGUUUUCGGCGAUGACGAAGACGAUGACAAUAAUAUAUCUGAGGAUCAGCAGAGCAGACAAAAAAGGUUAUUGGAACUGCUGCGUGCAAAUCAGUCCAAAUCUCAAUGUCAAGACACUGAUCUCCGUAAAAUUCCCACCUCUUCCACGGUUACCGCAUCCAAGCCUGAUGAGACUGGUGGACAACGAAAAUCGCGUUUUGAUCAACCGCCUCCUGAGCUCACUGAUCCCACAGGAUAUGUUCCAAAACCUGUUCCUCCUGCAUCUGUUGGAUUUGUGGGCAACGUUCCUCCAUUAGGAGCUUCAGUCAUGGAUACGGACCUUCGCUCAGCUCCGCCUGCAACGUUAGCAUUUUCAAUCAAAAAAGCCGUGACUACUCCAACGUUGAAUCCUCCAGCACCACUGGUUUUCGGCGAUGACGAAGACGAUGACAAUAAUAUAUCUGAGGAUCAGCAGAGCAGACAAAAAAGUGAACGGAAGGAUCGUGAUGAUAGAAGGGAUCGCGACGAAAGGAGGGAUCGUGAUGAAAGAAGGGAUCGCGAUGAUAGAAGAGACCGUGACGAUAGGAUCAAAAGAUGGGACAAGCCUCACAGCACACCUGUGAUCGAUAAACCUGUGCCCGUAUCAAUUCCUGUGGAAGUACCCGCUCCUAUUUUGCCACAAGCUCUCGGUUCGAGCAAGGAGAAAUCAUCGGAUAACACAAAGUUAUUCCAUAUUCUGGCCGGAGCGCGAUUACUCCAAUCUCAACGAGAUAAGAAGGCGGCAGAGCAUGACUCAGCUGGUGUGGCUGCCAAAAGUGAACCUCCUGAGGUGUCGCGGGGUGUGUCACGACCAAGAAUAGAAGAAGCGGUGUCGGCUUCGAAACGGAAGUCGUCUGAUGCAUCACCAUCCGUCAUUCCCACAACUCUUCAGUCGGAUUGUUCCGUCUCGAACACGAGUGCUCCACCCAGUGUGGCUCCCAAAACCAAUGCUUCUGUGCUUGGAACUGCGUUCGGGCUGUCCAAUGAUGUAAUUCAACAGCUACUGAAGAGAUCCUCGUUAUCAGCUCGUCCACCUGAACAGAAUACCCCACAGCAGACACAGCAGCAGCCGUCUAUGCCGGAUGCACCAGCGUCACCAGAUCCAGAAUGGCCCGAUUCACCUGAUGCACCAGCUUCGCCUGAUCCCGAGGAACGUGAUAUCAGACCAAAAGUUCACUCGGAAAUUCCUCUUGAUUGCUGGCAACCUUCGGAGGAUAAGCGCACGGAACCUCUAGGAAGCGGAAUAAUCACAGUGCGAUCUCCAAGGAAACCUAAACGUCCGAAGGAUCACGAUGGAGCUAUUGCUGGAAAGAAGACGUCCAGUUCUCGCCCAAGUGUCGACGACGAAGAGGAAGAGGGAGAGAUUUUGAGUGACGACGAGCCUCAGGUAGCUGCACAACCUAUCAGUGUUAUUGGAGCUGUGUCGCACAAUAUCCACGCAUCAAUCGUAAAACCAACAGAGAAGGCAAAACCAGAGGUAACUCGACCACCGACGCUUGCAUCUGUUGUCCGUCCCGUUGGAGAAGCUGCAGUUUCAGGAGUUGGUCGAGGAUAUUUCCCUGAACAACCGUUUGCACAGCUCGGGCAACGCAGGGGUGGCUUUCCUCCUCCUGCUCAAGCUGGUCUAUUUGGAAGUCCUCAGUGGUCUUCCUACGCACCUAUUCAGCACCCAUUGCAAGGCGGUGGUUUCCAGUCUGGACCUCCUCGGCAAGAAGCUCCAGCAAUAACUGUGAUUGUGCCUGAUUUCAUGAUGUUCAAUCGGGCUGCAAUGACGAGAAUGGACCCAUCCGGCUUCGAGUCUUUCUGUGAGCGGAUCAAAGUAAUACAAACACAGGAGAAUAGAAUAGUUUCGUUACAGAUUCACGAAAGGCUGCUCAACUAUGUCCGGGAAAUGAUGUAG